GCAACAAGCGCUAUCAAUUUAAAUCUAUACUUUUCAGUACGCUUUAAAGUGUGUUUUACGGGAACUAUUUCACAAAUACAAAGAUAAAAAUGCUUCUGUUUCAUUUAAAAUGGGGAUCAGUACGUUUUUAAAUUAUUCUAAUUAGGAAGCAAGCUGCUCUUGCUGGCGGGUCCAUCAAAAUAAUUGCUUUUAUCGCGCUGUAUGUUUCCCUAGACUUUCCGGUACCAAAUGAGUUUUAUUGUGUGGUGUGGCCGAGAUAAGGCCCUCGUCGGGUCUAGGACUAGUGCUAAAUCAAUGUUCUUCUACGAGAAAUUUAGUGAUGUACCAUCGACACCCCACGUGAGCCAGGGCUCACCUGUGAGGUGUCCCCCGACCAAGCCCAGCAUGGAGAGCCCGAAAAAGUCACCACAAAGCAGCCCUGCACCCGAUAAAUCCACCUUCAAGGUGCAUUUACCAAACGGUGGCUUCAAUGUGGUACGAUAUGGAGACAGUACGGAUAUUAAGGGCAUUAUAUCCACCGUAACGGGGAGGUUGUCAUCAGGAGUACGCGACAAAGGGCUGUAUGCGAUGAGGCUUACCAGACCCCCAUCAGACGACAUAUAUUGGCUACACCAAGACCUUACCAUGCAACAAGUACACGACAAAUACUUGCGGAAGCACCCCAAUGCCGAAUGGCGGUACGAACUUAGAAUUAGGUAUCUUCCAACUAGUCUUCGAAAGCUCUUUGAUAAGGACAACGUCACUUUUCAUUACUACUAUGAUCAGGUCAGGAGCGAUUAUCAUUCCGAUCUACACAAAAAAGUCGACCAAGACGUGGCUGUGCAACUGUGCUGUCUAGAAAUACGAAAAUACCUAAAAGAUACGCCCCCCAGCGGUUUGGAGAAGAAAUUCAGCCUCGAGUACAUCGAACGAGAAGUUGGCUUGCAAAAAUUCAUACCCGGCACUUUGCUAGAAAAAAUCAAAUCAAAAUCUCUCAAGAAAAGCAUCCAGGCCCACUUCAAAAAGAACGUACACAUGAGCGAAUUCGACUGCAUGUUCCAGUACAUGGAAACGUUGAAACACCACACAAACUUCGACCAGGAGAGGUUUGAAGUGGAUUACGGAAGUAGUUUUACCGUGCCUGUGGAGUUGGUGAUUGGGCCGCAUAUUGGGAUACAAGCGUCGCCCACCAAGAAGAUCGAUUUCAACCAGAUCCAAGCAAUACAGACACUGGUCAGCGAUUGCGAGGAGCAUUCGAAGGCCACGUUGCAACUGAAGGUGGCCAGUACGCACGAGGUGUUGUUUUUUACGUGUCCCAGCGUGGACGUUGCGGAGAGUUUGGCGGAUUUGAUCGAUGGGUAUUGUAGGCUGCAUUCGGGAAGUGAGGCUUCGAUCUGGAAUAAGAAAGAUUCUGCGCAAGUCAAAAACAGAAGCGGCAAAGACAAGACAUGCGUGAAUUCGACUGGUACGAUGCUGUCGGAAGAUUACGCUGAAAUUGUCGAAGAAGGAGAUUAUUCAGUACCAGCAGUGAAGGAUUACGAACUGGAUCGUAACCAAAUAGAAUUGGGAGAAAUUUUAGGAGAAGGUCAAUUUGGAGACGUCCACAAAGGCCUCGUUCGUACCAAAGAUGGACACAGUGUUCCCGUAGCCGUCAAAACGUGCAAAGGAGAUGCCGACACUACUGAGAAGUUUUUAGAAGAAGCUUUCAUAAUGCAACGUUUCGACCACCCCCACAUCAUCAAACUGAUAGGCUUCUGUUCCGAGACGCCCGUCUGGAUCGUCAUGGAACUAGCCAAAUUGGGCGAGCUUCGAGCCUACCUCCAGAACAACAAGCACCGCCUGGACCUAUCCGCGCUUCUCACCUACGCCUACCAACUGUCCACCGCGCUCAGCUAUCUGGAAUCGAAGAAAUACGUUCACAGAGACAUCGCGGCCAGGAAUGUGCUCGUUAGUUCGGAUAAGUGCGUUAAAUUGGCCGAUUUCGGGCUGUCGAGGUGGAUGGGGGAAGACCAAAGUUACUAUAAGGCCUCGAAAGGAAAGUUACCUAUUAAGUGGAUGAGUCCGGAGAGUAUUAAUUUUAGGAGGUUUACUACGGCGAGUGACGUGUGGAUGUUUGGAGUAUGUAUGUGGGAAAUCCUGAUGCUCGGCGUGAAACCCUUCCAAGGCGUCAAGAACAACGACGUCAUCGGAAAAAUCGACAACGGCGAGCGUCUACCCCUGCCGGACAAGUGUCCUCCCCGUCUCUAUUCCCUCAUGUCCCAGUGCUGGGCGUACGAGCCUAGCAAGAGGCCCAGUUUCAAGGAUAUUAAGGAAAUCCUCCAGGAAAUACUGCUAGAGGAAAACCAGGCGCAGCAGGAUACGUUACGGCGCGAGACUAGGAGGGUGGCGGCAAUGUCGUGGGGUCCUAUGGAUGAGUCAUGUCCGCCUCCUAAACCUACCAGACACCCGAUGCAAGCUUUGGACUCGUCGUCGCUGGCCUCCCUCGACAUGUCCAAUCCCGUCCCCCAGACCUACAUUGUGGCGCAGAACCCCGAAGUGCUGGCGCACCUGAUGAAGGAGAACGAGACCAGAGGCGUCACCCCGGCAAUGUAUACAGUACCAGCCUCG